AAAGAAGUUUGCUUUAAAUGCACAUGCACCACAGUUUGCUGACUGUGAAGCUCUCCCUGCUGCAUCAGCAAGAGUGAUCCCAUCAUGGUGGAACAAGAACAGAUUCAGAAGAAGACCUUCACUAACUGGGUCAACGCUCAGCUGGCAAAGCGGGUGCCACCAUGCAUGAUCGUGGAUCUGUUCAACGAUUUCCGAGAUGGCUCCAAGCUGUUGGACCUACUGGAGGUGAUGAGCGGUCAGCGCAUGAGUCGGGAGAGAGGCCGGGGAAUGUUUCAGCACAGGAGCAACAUCGAGAAGGCCCUUUUAUUUCUGAAGAUGAAAUCGAUCAAACUAGUCAACAUAAACAUUCCUGACAUCAUUGAUGGUAAACCGUCCAUUAUCCUGGGCCUCAUAUGGACGAUCAUUCUCCAGUAUCAUAUCGAGGAGUUGGCCAGCAGCCUCUCGUUCAAUUCCCGUCAGUCGUCCAUGGAGUCCCUGGUCAGUCUGGACUCGCGCUCCACGCUGUCGAGCCGCUCGGCCAGCAGCAGUCCGGUUCCUCCCAGAGGCUCGCCGCUGCACCGGCGCUUCAGGGUCUCUGCCAAGAAGGCCCUGCUGCUCUGGGUCCGGGAACAGUGCCACAAAGCUGGCUGUUCAAUAAAUGUGAAAGACUUCAAAGCCAGCUGGAGGAGUGGGGUGGUGUUCCUGGCGAUCCAGUAUGCUCUGCGGCCCGACCUGGUGGAUCUGUCCAAAGCCAGAACCAGGAGCAACAAGCAGAACCUGGAGGAGGCCUUCCGCAUCGCAGAGAAAGAGCUGAAGAUCCCCCGACUGCUGGACCCCGACGAUGUGGACGUUCGAGACCCUGAUGAGAAGUCCAUCAUGACCUACGUGGCUCAGUUCCUGCAGUACUCCAAAGACCUGCCAGCGGCAGAGGAAGAAAUGCAGGCAACGACUGAUCAAAAGAUACAGGAAGUGACAUGCUGGUUGGUGCAGGCCUACGAUGAGCUGCUGGAGGGAUGGGACUCCACCGAGGGAGAGAGCUACUCAGAAAGAUACCAUGUCUUUCAAACCUUUCUGGUGUCCUUUAAUGAGCAGCGACGUCCCAUCAUGCCGUUGUUGACAGCCAUGAGACGAACCCCGAAACUGAGCGAUGAGCAGCGGGCUCUCAGAGAGGCGUGGGACUCCCUCACUGAAAAGCUGCGUGAAUACAAAGUGGAGUUGGACAUGAGUGUCCCGGCCCCCCUGGACACGGUGGCUCGCUGGCUGCUGAAAACAGAGAAGGCUCUGACCGAGGAGGAGGGCGACCCGCAGGAUCACGGCCGAGCUGCGGACGAAGCCAAGGAGAAACAGGAGAUCCUCAAAGUCUGUCUUGAGGAGAUGCCGCAACAAGUGAAGACCUUCCAGUCCUUCCAGAACUUGGAUGAGUAUGCAAACAUGAUGGUUCCUAGUGACAAGAUGGAUGAACUAAAGAGGAGGUUCACCAGUGUGAGAGUGACUGCUAAAUACCAUGGAAUCAAGCUGGAGUACCGGGAGCACCGCCACAGUGUGUUGGAUCUGCUAGGGCAGAUCAGGACAAAGCUGCGGGUUUGGAAGAGACCUUACAUCUCCCCAGAGGCUGUCAGGGUGUUGCUGCAAGAAUGGCAUGAUCUGGUAAACACACAGGAGCUACCAUCUUUGCUCGAAGCCGCUCUACAUAAACUGAAGCAGGUUUCUGAGAGAUAUUCAAGCAAAUCUGCCCUUGCUGCAGAUUACCACACCAUCAGUCAGCAGGUGACGCAGCUGGAGGAAGACACCGCCAUAGUUUUGGAAGAGGUGACCACAGGCAAGAGCACCAUGGGAAGGGUCCUGUCCGCCUGGGACUCCUACAGCGACGGAUUCAGCUCCCUGCAGGCCUGGCUGGAGCAGGGCUCUGCAUCCCACAGCCAUGGCCCCAGAACAGAGGUGACACCUGAUUCAAUGGCUGAGUGGGGAUCCAAACAGGCCCACCUGAAUGAGGUGGGUAACUUCCUGCUGGAGUCCACAGACCCUCAGACCAGCAGGAGCCUGGCAGAAGAGCUGCGUAGACUCAACAUGCAAUGGGCCGAGUUCUUCAAGAGAAAUGCUUUCGACAGCGUGGCUGAACCCACUGAUGAUCUUCAUGCUAGGCCACAGGACAUCCAACCUCUGAUCAAAGAGGCCACUCUCCUUCUCAAGGAGCCUCUGGAGACAAUGGCAGGCCCCUUACGCACCUACAGAAAAAGAAUACAGUUCAUGACGAGGAAAAUAAAAGAAGUGGAUCUUGAGGCUCUGGCUCCCUCCCCAGAAUGCCCAGCUGAGCAGUUACAGAAACUGAAGUUUGCUAUACCUGAAGUGAUGCAGACCUUGUUUGAGGCAGAACAGGUGUGUGCAGAGCUGCAGCACAGUGUGUCAGGGCUGGACAGUCGCCUGGCUGAACUCCUGCAUUGGGAGUCUGAGGCUCGGGAGCUCUACCAGCUGCUGAGGGCCGCAGAGCGACAACCUCAGCGGGGCCAGAACCCACGAGCCAGUGUUCUGAUAUCCCGUGGUCUGCAGCUGGAGGGUCAGGUGGUCACAGAGGAGCAGGACCUGCAGAUGCUGGUGAUGACGAGUCAGAAGAACUCUCCCAUGCAGUACCUCCAUGCCUCCGCCAUGCAGGACCGAGCGCGAGCCGCUGUUGCACAGUCACAGGAAGCUGUAGGUAUGCUGAGCAGCCUGGGAGCCAGACGAGACAGAAGCAGAAGCCCUCCAGAAGGGUCUCCUCCAUCAAAAGUAUUUAAACAGGCUAAAGAAAAGCCUCAACAUCUGAGACAGUCAGAAUCAGUGUCAUGGCCAACUAAACAGCCUGAGAAAGAGUUAGUUCAGAGUCAUGGAACCUUUGUGCCAAAGAUAGUGGUGCAGGAAUACAGAGAAACAAAGGUGACUUCUCCUCCAUUGCCAUAUAGCUACGCAGAAGCAGUGAUGCAGACCAGGACAAAGUCACCACCAGAAGUCCAGCAUCAGGCCUGGACAGAGAAAACUUUACAAAAGCAGCAGCAGACUCUGGAACAUGGAUCGAUACAGCAGCAACAGCAACAAGAAGAAGUGCAACAGCAAGAGCCGAUGCAAACACAAGCACAACUACAACAGCCGAAGCAAAAACAACAACAGGUGGAGCAGCAGGUGGAAGUGGUAAUAGACAGACAAACACCAGAUCCCCACGAUCAGACUUCAUUUCAACAAGCACCUUCAAAGAAACCUCCUCCAAGCUACGAGGAGCUUAAAAGCAGGAAAACCCAGGCCUUAAAGAAUCGGCCUUGGCUUCAGAAGCCAGCCUCAGGAGAGCAUACAACGCCAGAACCGGAUUCAACUCAGGAAACAACUGCACCAAGACAGACUCAGCCACAGUCAGACAAGGAAACAGCAAGAACCGUUCAGGUUGUUUCACAGCAAACUGUAACAGUAACUGCAAGGUCCCAGCCUGAAGGAAAUGCAAAAGAUACUAAGCAGUCACAACAGCAAGAACUCCAACAAAAACCACCAAAGCACCCUCAAAAUGUAGAACAGAGGCAACAACAAAAAACGCAAAGUCAAGAGCAACAACAACCACAACAACUAGAAAAACAGCAACGGCAACAGGAACUAUUGCUGCAACAACAACAACAACAACAACAACAACAACAACAACAACAACAACAACAGGAAAAGCAACCACAGCCUAUUGUAGGACAGGCUCAACCAGAUUCAGACUCCAAGGCUAAAUCCCAGUCUGUUGCUAUGGUUCAGCCUCACCCUCAAGGAACAGCCCAAAUUCAGUCACAAACAAAAACUAUGGUUCAGUCUAAAUCCCAGCCAGUGGUCCAAUUGCAAGUGCAGUCCACAAGUGUUUCCCACAGCACCACAGACGGUGAGCAACAACUGCGGACCAUGUCUGAAACCAAAGUGAGCCAAGGUCAGUCACAGACACAAGGUCUGCUACAGCCCCAUGGUCUCAUAAAGACACAGUCAUUGACACAGGUUCAGACUCAGUCCCAAACAUAUGUCUCAGCUGGAUCUCAGAUGUCCCUGCAGCCACAAGGUGUAGCUCAUGGCCCGACUGUAGCUCAGGUACAGGCGCUAGCUCAAGUCAGACCUUCUUCCCCUAUGCAAGCCCCCCUGCAAGGCCAAAUUCAGCAUCCUGUACCAUCCCACAUUCAGCUUCGCAGUCAUUCACAGUCGUGGGCUCCUGUAAGGACACCCUCACCUAAACCACCAACACCAUCACCAACUCAAACCCAUUCCCAGUCUAUGGGCCAGUUCCCAACAUAUCCUCAGUCAAUGCCCCAGCCUAAAAUCCAUCCUCAGUCAAAGCCCCAGUCCCCAACAUAUCCUCAGUCAAUGCCUCAGUCCCCAACAUAUCCUCAGUCAAUGCCUCAGUCCCCAACAUAUCCUCAGUCAAUGCCCCAGCCUCAAAUCCAUCCUCAGUCAAUGCCCCAGCCUCAAAUCCAUCCUCAGUCAAUGCCCCAGCCUCAAAUCCAUCCACAGUCAAUGCCCCAUCCUCAAAUCCAUCCUCAGUCAAUGCCCCAGCCUCAAAUCCAUCCUCAGUCAAUGCCCCAGUCUCAAAUCCAUCCCCAGUCCAUGCCCGAGUCCCCAACACAGCCUCAGGCAAUACCCCAGCCUAAAAUCCAUCCUCAAUCCAUGCCCCAGCCUAAAAUCCAUCCUCAGUCCAUGCCCCAGCCUAAAAUCCAUCCUCAGUCAAUGCCCCAGCCUCAAAUCCAUCCCCAGUCCAUGCCCGAGUCCCCAACACAGCCUCAGGCAAUACCCCAGCCUAAAAUCCAUCCACAGUCAAUGCCCCAUCCUCAAAUCCAUCCUCAGUCAAUGCCCCAGCCUCAAAUCCAUCCUCAGUCAAUGCCCCAGCCUCAAAUCCAUCCCCAGUCCAUGCCCGAGUCCCCAACACAGCCUCAGGCAAUACCCCAGCCGAAAAUCCAUCCUCAAUCCAUGCCCCAGCCUAAAAUCCAUCCUCAGUCCAUGCCCCAGCCUAAAAUCCAUCCUCAGUCCAUGCCCCAGCCUAAAAUCUAUCCUCAGGCAAUGCCCCCGUCUCAGGCCCAUGCUCAGUCCAUGGUCCAUAUUCAAACUUAUCCUCAGCCAAAGACCCAGUCUCAGUCGACAGCACAGGUUCAGGUCCAUCCUCAACCAAUGGCCAGGCCAAGUCAUGUCCAUUCUCCAACUCAACAUCAAGCCCAAGCUCAACCUCUACCUCUAGGCCAGACUCAGGGUCGUUCUCAGCCUAUGCCUCCGUAUCCCACACAUGCUCAGCCAGAGGUCCAGCACCAAGUCCAUAUGUCCCAGGGCCAAAUCCACGCUUGGACCCAAGCUAGAGUCUCAUCCCCAAUGUCUGUCCAGCAUCCACAGGCAACAGCACAACCUCCUCCUUACCCCCCAGCUUACCCCCCAGCAUACCCCCAGGCUCAGUCUCCUUCCCAGCAGUGGACAUCCAAACUAGAGCCUCAAAACCAACCCAAUACCCAGCAGAGGCAUCCAAUAUCCCCACCAUAUCCUCCACAAAUGGGUCAAAUUCCACAGUCUCAGGCUUAUCCAACAAUUCAGGCUCUACCGCAGUGGCCCCAACCUGGACCACAGCAGGGACCUCAGGCUGUGUCCAUUGGGUUUUCUCACAUGGGGCCAUCAUAUGCUCCUCAUAUGCAAACACAGCCACAACACUGGCCUCAAUCCCAACCCCAGGUGAGUCCCCAGACUGCCAUGCAACAACAACAGACUUGGGUUCAGGCAUCGCCUCAAAUUCCACCUUAUCCAGUGCCUUAUCCUCAGCCUUAUCCCCAGCCUCAAACUCAGCAAUAUUCACAGGUUCAGCAUCAAACUCAGCUUAACCCUCAGCCUCAGAUGCAAGCCCAGACACCUCCCAUAUCACAACCACAACAUCAAGCUCAUCCACAGCUUAAACCCCAGCUGCAGGCCCAGUCCCAAACAAACAUCCAGCGACAGCCAUUAGUACAAGCAAAGCCCCAGGCCCAGACUCAGCAGCCACCUCCACAGCCCAGACAUCAGGCCCAGCUCCAAUCACAGCAAAAGAUUCCAACUCAACCAAAGGGUGAAUCGUCUCAACAGUCCAAACCUUUGGCCCCAUUAGCACCAUAUCCAGAUGUUCAAUCACCAACUCAACCUAAGGUUCAGUCACCAACCAAACCCAAGGCUGAACCACUGCCAAAACCCCUUCCUGUGCCCCAGUUACCACCUCAAUCCAUGGAUCGGUCAUCAAUCAAGACCGAAACACCACCACAACCAAAACCACAGGCCCAAACAGCACCACUACAUAAAGCUCAAUCAGCAACUCAACCCAAGGUUCAGUCAACAAUACAACCCAAGUCUGAAUCAUCACCAAAGGCCCAAACAGCAACACAACCCGAAGCUCAGUCACCAACCCAACCUAAAGCCCAAUCAUUUCAACAACCCAAAACCCAGGAACAAUUUCCACCACAGCUUCAAUUUCAAGCUCAUUCACCCCCACUACCCAAGUCCCAAACUGGACCACAAUCUAAGGCCCAAUCACCCCCACAGGCCAGACCUUUGACCCAACCCCUUCCACAGUCAAAACCUGCAACUCAGUCUCCUUUGCAACCCAGACCUCAACAGCCGCAAACUAUUCUCCUCUCCCAGGUCAAUGUUCGGCCUGAGUCCAUGCCGGAGUCACCAGACCUGUUCAUUAAACCUCCCGCCCUGGCCCAGGCACCUCCCCAGGCCUACACGGAGGCUUACGCUAAGGCCCAGGCAUUGGCCAGAAACGGAUUUGAGGAAGCAAAGCACUGUCUGCAGGAACACAUCCUGGAAACCAUCAACGUUUUUAGAGACAAGUGUUUAUCGGCCGAGCAAGCAUCAGUGAAAGAGGAGACUCUAAAGACCCUGGACCCAGAGUUGCUGGAAGAGUUCCUGAGAGCAGCAAAGGGCAUGGAGGCCUUUUGUACACCGCCACAGCUCGGAGACAUGGAGUUUUUCACCCAGUCUAUCAGAACACAGUGGGAGGCUGUGAGGGCUGAGAUCUCAGGCUUUUUGCAACAAUUACGUUUUGAAGUAACAAGGAAAAAGUUUAACAAAGCCGCCUUGCAGUGUGAGAUGCACUUAAGCUCCCCCUUAGAAAACCAAGCGCAGGCCUGUUUCUCAGCGGAGGGCAGCUUUGCCCAGGCAGGGCAGCACCUGGAGGCCUUGAAGGAGCUGUGUGACACCCUGAGCCCCGAGGACGCUCACCGCCUGGCCCAGACUCAGCUGAGGGAGUGCGAGACAAGGCUGGCUGAUAUCCAGAGACAGUUCAGUGGAGACCAAGACUUAUCCCUCCCUGAUUCUAGGAUUCCUGUUGCCUUCAGUGACGAUGUGACCACACAGAAGGAGCAUACAAGACCCAGUGACAAACCUCAGGUCUCAGCUGAGGUCUCUCAAGUGACAAUGAAGACAGUCAUUCUUGAGAAGAGGGGGGUGGAAAAGCAGGCAUCUGUAGAGGAAGAAGUCAGCAAAAAGGAGGCUUUAGAAAGAUAUGAGAAUUGUAAGAGGUCUUUGCAAGCCCAGCUGGCCAAAAUUGAGCAGAGCAUCAAGGAUGUCCCCUCUGACUCCGUAUCUCUAAAAGGCCUGCAUACGCGGCUCCAGGAAAUACAGUUCUUGAGGCAGGAGACAGAGUCUCUGUGGUCUGAGUUUGCAAACCAGUGCUCCCAGUGUUCCCAGUUGAGCGGCAACUCUGGUCUGGAGCAGCAGAAGGCAGGGCUGCAGGAUCAGUGGCGCGGCCAACAGUCCAAACUCCAGCGGAGGGGCAGCUCGCUGGGCGCCGCCCUCAGGCAGAUUGACUCCACAGAGAACCACAUGGUGGACUUCACCGACCGCCUGGACCGCUACCUGAGGCAGCCCAAAGACAUCACCGUCUUCACACCGGCCAACAGCAACAUACUCAAAGACAUCAAGGAACUGGAUGACAACAUCCAGAGCGAGCUGGACCAGCUGUCCCGUCUGGACCCUGAGUCCAGCGAUCUGGACCCCAGAGACUGCUUCCCUCUGUCCCGGGAGGUGGAGACUCACAGAAGCAGCCUGGAUCAGCUUCGUCAGCAGGUCCGGAAGAGCGAAGCCGCCGCCCGCGCCCUUGACCGCUUCCUCAUGUCUCUGCGUACUGUGGACGAAGACAUCUCUGGAAUCCAAGGCGCCCCCUGCAGUGACACUGUGAUCCUGCAGGACUGUCGCUCCAAGCUGGCUCUGAUCCGGCAGAGCGUGGACAGUCUGAAAGAGAAGGCGCCUCAGCUGGACGUGCUCCUGCAGGGGGCCAGGCUAACGGUCACCAGGGACGGUGCCCCAGCCUCCUGCCUGGACAUGGUGACCGUUCUGGUCAGGAGGCUGGAGGAGGCUGACAGUGGCCUUGCCAGUCAGCAGAAAGGGCUGCAGAAGGAGACACAGAGCAGAUCGCUAGGCCUGAGGAAGAGGACACUGCUGGGGGAUCUGAGGAAACUACAGGAAACCAUUGAAGCACAGGGCCUGAAGGAGCCCACCAUGCCGGCUGUGCAACACAGGCUUCGGGCCCUGUCGGAUCUGGAGAGUCAGGUGCAGGCUGUGCAAGCAGAGCUACAGAACCUCCAUGAACUUCAAGAUCAACAGGGAGGAGGAGAGGAACUCCUUCAGGAGCUGGACACUCAAUGGAAGGAUACUCAGAGAGCAUUUAAAGACAGGAAGAAGCAGUGCAGCAUCCUGCUGGAGCUCCUGAAGAAAUUCCAGGCCUGCCGCAGUCAGUUGAGCAGCACCAUGCAGAAAGCUGAGCAGACCAUCAGUGAUCAGGCCUCCUACCUGGGCAAGGAAAACCUGCAGAGAAGCAUUACCAUGGUCUCUAACAUUAAGGAGGGGCUUGGUGGUGUUGGGGAGCGAAUGGAGGAGAUGAAGGGUGUUUGCAGACAGCUGCAGUCCCAACUGAAAAACUUCCCAGACUGCAGUGAGACCCCCUUCGAAGCUGAGGCUGACACACUCAUGGACAACUGGCUGGAUAUGACGGAGAAGACAGAUGCCUACAUGGAUAACCUGCAGGUGGGGCAGGAGCUAUGGGAGAAGCAGCUGAUGCUGGGGGGAGAGGUGGACAGCUGGGCUGGGGCCAAACUGGCCCUAUUUGCAGAAAGCCAUCCCUUCCAAAGCGAGCAACAAGUGCUUGCCAUGAAGGAUGAAAUCCAUGCUAAUGAGGAGAACAUUGAGCACUUCCACAAGAAGUCUGUAGAGAUCCAGGUGAUGCUGCAGGGUAAGGAAGCGCCACUGGAGCUGCAGGUGAUGGAAACCCAGCUGAGGAAGAGGAUGGAGCAGGUGAAUGAGCUGUUUGCCGACUGCACCGACGUCUUUGAGGAACUGGUAGCUGUGAAGAAACACCUCUCUGAGAAGGUGGAGGAGUGCCAGUCAGCUGUGGAGGGCAUCCAGUGUUCUCUCAGUAGUGUGGACGCGUCACAACCAAAGGCCGAAGAGCAGAUACAGCAUCUGUGUGAUGACCUGGAGUCUCAGGAGGAGCAGGCGGAGGUGGUUCUGACGGAGGUGGCUCUGGUUUCCAGUGUGGCCAGCCCUCAGGUGCUGGAGGCGCUGUCUGUGGACUGCACCCGACUGAAGGAGGCCAUCUCCCGCACCAGGGACAUGAUCCACCUGAAGAGAGAGGAAAGAGACAAAGGCCUUCUCAAGGUCAUCACAGUUGAAAAGCAGUUGUUUGAGGAGUGGUUCCAGAACUUGCAGCUGUCCGUCAAUGAAUGCUUCGAGCACCCCGAGAGCAGAGCAGACGUGGAAACGUUCCUGCAAAGACUUGCUAGUUUCUUGAAGUCCAAGGAUGCAGAGAGACGUCUGGAGCAGCUGAAGGACCAGCGUGAGAGAGGCAGCCAGCAGCUUCCUCCCCAGCAGCUCUCUGAGUUCACUGAUUGGCUGAAAGAGCAGCAGAAGGAGGUCGCUACGUUCAGAACGCACUGCCAGAACCGGCAGGAACAAAUGGAGCCGCUCCUCAGAGACCUGAACAGUCUGCAGAAGCAACACGACAGCUUCCGUGAGUGGCUGCAGUACAAAGAAAAACAUGCGGUGGAGUCGGAAAAAAUCAAGCUUUUUCUUAAAGACCUUCAAGAUGAGAGUGGUAGAGCUGAGACCCUCGCUGAGCUUUUAGCAUCCAUACGCAAACAAGGCGUCCGAGCUGAGAGCCUCCUGAAGGACAGUGAUAACCUGAUACAGCGCUACAGAAACCUGGUAGCCAGGCUGCAAAAACAGGCAGAAGCUCAGGGCGCCAUGCAGGGGAAACUGGAAGAGUUUAAGAGCCAGGCGAAGAGCACCAGGAGCUGGAUCACUGAUCUCAUGAAACCCCUCACCUCUCCUGGCUCACAGACAGAGGACCUGAAGCGCAAAGCACAGGCCAUCCUGACCUCCAAGCCUGAGGGAGACUCUGAACUGAACAACCUGAGAAGACAAAGUGAAACUCUGUGUGGGCAGGAGGACCUGGAUAAAGGCAGGAAACAGGAAGUCCAGCAGACAGUAAAAGAAACAGAGGAGCAGUGGAGGGCGGCUCUGCAGACCGCUGAGAAGAAUCUCAACCAGGCUGAAAAACAGGCUCUGCUAGAGAAGGACUUGGACGCUGUCAAAACCCAGAAUGAAAACGUUCAGUCCUGGAUCAGAGACCAGCAGCAGAACCUGCAGUCGCUUGGUGGUUGCAUGCAAGUUGAAGAAAAACUCCAGAUUGCAAAAGCUACUCUGAGCUCCAAACCGGAUGGAGAUGCAAAGCUCCAGGAUCUGAAGCGACAAUGCCAGAGUCUGUGUGAGAACCAGAGCUUGGACGAGAGCAGACGACGAGAGGUUCAGGACGCAGUCAGACAAACGGAGGAGCAGUGGAGGAAAGUUUUACAGGCUGCAGAGGAGGGUCUCAAGAAGGCAGAGACUGAAGCUGCCACUGGAAAGGACUUCGAUGUUUUCAAAACCCGAAAUGAAAGUAUCCAGUCCUGGAUCAAAGAGCAGAAGCAGAAGCUGCUGUCCCUCGGUGGUCAAAUGCCGCUUGAAGAGCGGCUACAGGUCGCACAGGCUGUUAUAAACUCCAAACCUGAGGGAGAGUCCAAGCUGCUCGCCCUGAAGACACAAGCUGAAGCUCUGUGUGAGCAUCUGGAGGAGAGCAGGAAGGCAGAGGUUCAGCAGUUGGUAAAAGACUCAGAGCAGCAGUGGAGGAACGUUCUGCAGGCCGCCAGGCAGGCAGAGCUCCGCAGUCUGACGGACGAUUUUGAUACUCAGAGUAAAAACACUCAGUCCUGGAUCAGAGACAGGCAGCAGAAGCUCCAGUCUGUGGGAGCUCACACUCCACCCGAUGAGAGAUGUCACACAGCGCAGGACAUCUUGAGCUCCAAACCUGAAGGCGAUUGUACGGUAAACAACCUGAGGAGGCGGGCCCAGGGUCUGUGUGACCAUCCGGACGCAGACCAGGGCAGGAAAGUCCACGUUCAGAAGACGAUCAGAGACACAGAGGAGCAGUGGAAGACCGUCCUGCAGGCUGCCAAACAGGUGGAGGCUGCUGCAGGAGCCGAGAUCUCACAGAAGACUGAGAAGAGAACGCUGGAGUUGAAAGAAUUUGAAACCCAGCAGCAUGACACUGUCCGCUGGCUCACAGACUUCCAACAACAACUGGACUCACUGAAGAGCCAAACCAAACCCAAGGACCGACUGCAAUCUGCUCAGGCCAUUAUCAGCUCUAAGACCAAAGGAGACUCGAUGCUCCAGGAGCUGAAGAGACAAAGCCAGAUUCUGUGUGGGCAGGACCUCGAGGAACCCAGAAAACAAGAGGUUCAGCAGAAAGUAAGAGGUGCUGAGGAGCAGUUGGCGAGAGUCCUGCAGAGCGCUAAACAGGCCCAGGAUCAGGCUGAGAAGCAGUGUGCUCUGGAGGGAGAGCUGAAGGAAUAUGAAGCUCUGAAAGAAGACACCAAAGCCUGGCUGGAAGAAAAGCAGAAGAGCCUCGUCUCUCUGGAUGUUCAGACAGAUCCAGAAAUAACAAUUACCACUGCACAGACUAUCCUGAGCUGUAAGCCUGAGGGAGACUCCAAGCUGAAUAAACUGAGGAAAAGGAGCCAGAGUCUGUCAGACCAGGAGGAUCUGAAGGAGACGUUAAGACAAGAGGCUCAGCAGACAGUGAAGGAUUCGGAGGAGCAGUGGAAGACCGUCCUGGAGACCGCCGAGAACACUCUGAAGAAAGCUGAGGUCCAUUACUCGCUCUCCAGGGAGCUGGAGGCUUUCCGCAGCAAAGCAGGGAGCACCAAAGCCUGGGUGAAAAAGCUGCAGCAGCAGGCCGACUCCAAGGGCAGCGGCACUCAGGGCAGCCGGGCUGAGAUAGAGGACAGACUGAACACAGCACAGGCUAUUUUGAGCUCCAAGUCGAAGGGAGAAGCUCAGGUGAUGGAGCUGAAGAGGCGAGCAGAGAGUCUGUGUGAGCAGGAAGAUCUGCAGGGAGACAAGAAACUGGAGGUCCAGAAGAUGGUCCAAGACACUGAGCAGCAGUGGAGGACGGUCCUGCAGGCUGCUGAGGACACACAGAGGCAGCUGAAGGGUGUUGUGGAGCGCCUGGGGUCCUGUCAGUACCAGCGAGGCCAGGCUGAGGCCCGUCUGUCUGAGUAUCAGAAGCAGACCUCCGGCCUUCCGAGGGUCUUCCCCUGGCCCGGCCUGGGAGAGCGGAGGCAGGCGGUGGAACAGGCCCGCACCCUGCUGGAGCAGAGCACAGCUCUGGCCCCCGUCCUCUCUAACCUCCGCACACAGGCUGCAGCGCUGUUUGAGAUCACACAGGACAUUGGCUGGUCAGACCAAUCAGUGGCAGACAAGGAGAAGUCCAUUCCUCCUCUGCUGAAAGAGCUCACUGAAGCGGUAGCAAACCUGGAGCAGGGCAUCGUGACGGAGAGGCAGUGCACCCAGCUGGUGGAGCAGCAUGUAGCAGCUCAGGAUUGGCUGAGGGAGCACGUUAAAGGCCUGGGAGCUCCUCCUGCUGACAGAAAGGGUCUACACAACACUGUCAACACUCUAAAGGCUUUUACUCCAGACAGUGGAUAGAGAGCAGAGGGAGAUGAAGGACCUGGACUCUGCCAGAGACAGUUUGCUGAGCCUCUGCUCCCCUGGAGGUCGGGAUGCCCUUACCCUGGAGGUCAGCCAUCUCCAUGACCUCUGUGCCACCUCGGAGCGGGAGGUUAGGGAGCGCCUGGCGGCCUGUGAGGUUCGGCUGGAGGAGCAGGACAGUCAAGUGGCCAAGAAGGCCCAGGGGCUGAAGGAUAAAGCUGCAGCGCUGCAGUGGGAGCUCCGCUCUCUGGACCAGGCGCUCAGCUACAGCGAACCGCAGAACAACAUCGAUCAGCUCCAACAGCACUGGAACAGCCUCCAGAAAUGUGAGAAAUCCCUAAAAGAUUUGGGUGUGAAAGUUCAUGACCUUCACCAGGAAAUAGAGGUUAUGUCUGCCACUGACGAGCUGCCAUCAGAAGUGAUGACUUCGGUGAAGUCCUUAUGCCAGCAACAUGACAGUCUAAAGUCCAGGAUGAGUGAGCGUCAAGGAACCUGCUCUACAAACACAAGCACGCUGUCUGAUGGACUGUCUCCAUGCUUUGCAAGACUGGAACCAGAGCAAUCCUUCACAGUCCAUUUCUUCUGUCCAGGCAAAAUUAGAGGAAGGUGAAAAGUUGCAGUCCAGCCUAAGGGAUGCGCUUUCUCACGAUCAGUUUCUAAGAGACUGUUUGAAGCCCGACUUGGCUAUGAAACUGGAGAGGGAUUGUUCAGAAAGACUCACCGAAGCAAGCACACAUAAGGUUUCUCUUCGCCUGAGCUUAAAGGAACUUGAUGGAAAGUGUAAACAAAAGCUGCCUGAUGUCCUUCAAGGUAAUGUAGAGGAGACAAAGACACCGGUAGUGGCACCACCACGAAAAAGCAAGCGCUCACCUGAGAAGAAACAACAAGUCGAACUGCAAAGAAACAUUCCCAUAACAGAACAAUCUAUUGAGUAUGAAUUAUUGGUUUCUGCUGAGCUGGAAACUGAUCCUAAAACAUUGAAGCCUACUUUGACAGCAGUCAAGGAAGACAUCAAAUCCAUUGGUGUGGAACACAGCAGAAUAGAACCAACAAAAACUAAAUCUCCGAGUUCAACAUAUCAAUCAGAACCUUUUACAGCGCAACCUUACAACACUCUCAACAGACACUGUUGAAGAAGGUAGAAGGUAAAGCCUAGAUCCCACUGCUGAGCCUUUUGUAGCUAAGCAAACUAAACCUACUUUGGAGCAACCUGUACCAAUCAAAAAGGUCAUUGGGCAGUCUGCAGCUAGUGUUAGUGAGAAAACUACACCUGUACCAUCCAGGAGAAAAUCCAAGACUUUGGCCACUGAUACUGAACCUGCCCAGCCUAAGGUGGAGCCUGAAAUGGUGAAAACUGUUAUUACUCAAGGAUCACCUGGAAAUUUUGACAGGAAGUGCUUCUUCUGAAGCAUCUAUUCUAGAUGUAUUCAGAGCCAUUCCCGUCUGUCACAGUAGCAACUGAUGCCACUAUUAGCCUCAGGCAACGGCUGUCACAAAGCAAGCUAAGACCAUGGUUGAUAAGCUAGCCAGACUUGGACCUAC